AUGGAUUGUUCCGAGUUGGAGAUUGACGGCGACGAUCAUGUUUUCGAGAUCAUACAAAGCGAUGAUGCUUUCAACGAAGAAAAAUUUCUGAAAAUGAUAUGCGAUUAUCCGUGUAUUUACGACUCCUCCAAUAAGGCGAAUUCUAGUCGACUAAUUAGAGAAAAGGCAUUUCAAACUAUUGCUACGUCGAUGGACAGCAGCGUAUUGUUUUGCAAGAAGAAAUGGAAAUCGCUUAGGGAAAAAUACCACAGGGAGAAGAAUAAAGCCGAUACGCGCAGCAAAUUCGGUCUCGACGACGGCGACAUUAGCGAAUGGCCUCUUAUGCAUUAUUUCUAUUCCAUGUUUGAUAAAAUCCCGCCGCGUCAGAUAGGACCAGGCUCGCACGUUGAAAAUGCUUUUGACGAAAUCGAGUCAGAAUGUCGAUCGAACCAGAACCGCCGAAGGAAGUCUAUAUGCCCUGCCAGCCCCACAUCUUCGGGAGCGAGUAGUCCCGUAAUGGCCACGGGCAAGAGAAAACACAACCGUGCCGAUCCGUUUUUGGAAAUUUUGAACAAAAUAAGCGCAUCGAUUGAAGACGUCAGUGGAAACGGCGUCAAACCCGAUAAGAUCUCCUACUUCGGCCAGUAUGUGUGUUCGGAAAUUAGAGAUUUGCCCGCCAACGAGGUAGACGAAUUUAUGGACGACACCAUCACUCGGUUACUCCAGAUGAAAAGAAAAUGUAAGAGUCAAACAGGAACCACAAAACAGAAGAGCUGAAUGGACACUCCUUUGUCACCGAGAACGGAAAUAAAUGUAAUUCUUGUAAAUACGAAUAAAAACGCAAAAUCAUAUCGCAAUCCUGAUCUUAAAACGUA